ACAUAUUGUAGCCCAGACCAGUUGUAGUCCGGUGAAAAAGGUCCAACUGAAAACCUCUUCGCGCAGCGGUAAAAGAACUUUUUCAAAACUUGCUCCAUGUUUUACCUUUUGGUACCCAUAUGAAAAAAGUUUUACUCCUGCGGGGAGAGGUUUAGAGCUCGGGCUUUUUUCAUCGAACUACAAUUGGUCUGGGCUACAAUAUGUGAUAUAUUACAACAUGAAAUUCAAAACUCCGUUUUUGCUUGAAAUCCAGAUCCCAUGGGGAAAAUUCGAGUAAAAAUUCGACAUCUCAGCAACAAAGCUGAUUGCGCGCGAAUCAAGUUGGGAUUCUUCAUAGCCCAUGAGAGCCUACAUUUUCAAACUAGUUCCAUUCAAAAAGGUUUUUAGCACCUCAGGAGGAUCCCUCGUGAAUAGCACAAACAGUUUCGAAAGACCUGUAAUUCUGUUCUCUACAAAACAAUGUACUAUCAUUUUUCAUGAUUGGGUUUAUAAUAAGAACUUCAAAGUUUGUUUUAUAUUCUACAGGAGUACCCUCUCCCCCACCAGAGACAGAUGAAGCUCAUAAUUCUCGAUUUAGUCAUAUGCCACUUCGUUUUCGACUAAUACGUCAACUAAUUCGUGCCCUAUGGAUUUAUGGUUAUACUCCACAAUCCGCUGUUCGUCUUAUGGGUCCAUUUGGACCCAAGCCUGUUCAGGGUUAUGUGACGCGACGAUUUCUAAUUGGUCCAGCAGCAGCAGCUGCUGAAGAAGAGGCGGGUAUCGAAACAGGAGCAGCUGUAAUGAAAAAAGUCGAUGAAGAUGUAUAUGCAUAUGAACCAUUACAACAACGUCUUACACAGAUCAAACGUGAUAUUCGUGUAACAUUUCUAUAUGGUGAUCACGAUUGGAUGGAUGUAAAAGCUGGCGAAGAAGUAGUGAAAAACAUCAGACAACAAGGAGGAAAGGCAAAUCUAAUGAGAGUUAGACAAGCGGGACAUCAAUUGAUGAUAGAUAAUCCACAGGGAUUUUUCGAUGCCAUUGUGAAUGCGGUCACGAAUUAUUGA